UUCCAAGAAAAUACCAAGAAAAUGUCUUUCAGUUUAGUCUCCGAGUAGUAGCUAGGUUAAUCAUAACUUAUCUCACAUAUCAAGUAGUGUUACAUGUAUUAAUACUUUCAUGACUGUAUGAGAAGCUAAGGUAUUUCGGAUCCAACUACCGAUAGGGUGAAUAAAAUGUUAUUCUCGUAUUUAAUUAAGUUAAAUAGUCGUCUCAUUAAAAAUUGGUCAUGGCUGAUGAAUUGCGACGAUCGACCAAAAGCCUCCAUCAAGAGAUAAUUAAAUUUCAACUACUUACAAUGAUUAGAAAAUUAUUUACCAACCGUCAAUAUAUAUAUAUGGACUAUAUGGUGGCUUCUAUGAAAAAUUUAGAGUACCCGGUACCGUAUUCUUUUAGUAAGAACACACUAUAUAGAUCUUAAAUAAAUCAUGUUUCAGGGUAUGGUACUAUAUGCUCGAAUACUUAAUGAGUGAACCUCUUAGGUUCUAGUUCACCAAAUCUCAAUCUAAAAAAUAUGGUUCAUAUCUAGUAUGUCGGAUGUAUUUCGAUGAAUCAAAAUAUUAUUAUUAUUAUAAAACUGAUCUUAGGAUAUAUGAUUAAGACAUUUAGGGGUCUUUAUUUAACUCAUCAGGGCUUAGUAUUAUAAUACCAUACACCAAACUCCAAUUCCCUAAAAUUCUAUAAAUCUUUUUUUUUUUACUAAGGGUAUCUAGGACUCUAAAAUUUACCUAAAACUGUAUAGAACUCGCCAGAUAUAGCCUCUCCCCUAACAUCAUUUUUUAACUUAUUAUAUUUUAUUUUUUUAAAAAUGACAUUAUUUAUUACGUCAACACCCCAUUCACGCUGACGUAGAAUAGACGAACGUUUUCCAGAAAAUAACAAAAUAAUAGACCUUUUAAUUUCAAUUGAUGAACACCAAAUUUGAAAGAAAGAAAGAAAAAAAAAAUCAAGGUCCACUCGACUUCUGUGGAAAGUACUUCAUUCAGACUUGUUGAUCAUCUCACACUGACGGGGGAGAAAGUGAGUGGAAAACAUACAAAUUAGACUCUUUUUUCUUGCAGAAGCCAUCAAGGAGUUGACCAAAAGAAAGACUACUAACAAAAACAUCCUCACAACACAACACAAACAAAAAAUCAAUAUUAAAAAACUAAAAAAUUUAAUAAAGCUGAAGAGGAAAGGAGAGGGAAGAGAGAAAAAAAAUGUCAACUACCGCCAAUCGUCAAAUUUUAUAAUAAUUGAUCGCUACACCACGAGCUUGACGAAAAAAAUUCACAUUCUUCCUCUCAUUCCCUUCCCUUCCUCUCUUUUUUUCUUUUCAAUUCGUCGUCGAUUUCAUUAUUGUCAAUUCGUUUUAUUUUUUUCCAGCACCAACGCUCUCACACAAACACAAACAGUAUAGUUAGCUAGCGCCUUACAUAAUUUACAAGCAGAAAGAACCAUUCUCUCGGUUCAUUCUCCCUAACCCUAUAAAUACUCGGCAGAUGCCGCGAACCGUCUUCUCCUCUUAUUAUCAUUUCAUGUAACCAAACCCACUCAACCAAUAUUCCUUUCUUCUACCUCCAUACCUCCAAACUUACAGCGCCAUGGGUGACGAGUUCAGCAGCAGCAUAAACUGGUGGGACCCUUCCCGUACUACCAGCAGGUUCGACAGCAGCGGCGGCAGCGGAGGAGGAGCAGCGUCGUCCACCACCUCCUCCAGCCUAACCACCGUCGGCGGCGGUGGAUGCUUCAGCUCCGUCUCCGCCGCCGGUUCUGGUGCGGAUGACAUGAUGGGGCUGGGCCUUUCGUCGCAGGCCAUGGAAUGGAACCACCACGCCUUGCUGAGGGGGGAGAAUAAUAAGGAGCACGACCAGCAGAGCAGCAGCAGCUUCCGGUCAAUGCUACAGGAAGACCUCACUUACGGCCACCACCCGCCGACCAGCGGCGGCGGAGGAGGAGGAGGAGGAAUGGGGCUGUGGAGGGAGCGGCCGACGACGACGACGACGUCGUCGGUGUACACCUCAGAAGCCGCCGCCUCGUCCAUUAGAGGAUUCUCCCUGGAGCAGCCGCCGCUGCACGACUUCUGCGGCGGAGGCGGGGGAGCGGGGGUUAUGUUUCAAGCGGCGGCGGGUUCGUUCGACAGCAGGUUGAUGGGCGGAUACCCGACGGCGUCGUACGGUGGAGGUACUGCUGCUAAUACGGCGGAUUUUGGGAUUGUUGGGAACGACUCGAGUUGGUCUAGUGGUGGGAAUAAGACGGUGCCUCAAUUUCUGAGGAAUAACUCGCCGCCCAAGCAGCAGCAGCAGCAGCUGCACUUCUCUAACAACGCUCCGUUUUGGAACGCGUCGUCUGCGGGGAUGGGUGGCGAGGUCCGGGCGCCGUCGGGCGGCGGCGGGUUCUUCCCGGCCUUGCACCACCAACAACAACACCACCACCAGCAGCAACAUCAGUUUCCUGCUGCGUCAAGUUUUGAUGACAAGCCAAAGAAUAAUAUGGCUGGUGAGGAAGGGAAUUCAAGGUCAGUGGUGGUGAAGAAAAGUGAGGGUGGAGGAACUGCCACUAAAAGGCCCAGGAAUGAAACAGCAUCCACUUUGCCAGCCUUUAAGGUGAGGAAAGAGAAGAUGGGGGACAGAAUCACUGCACUUCAACAAUUGGUUUCACCUUUUGGAAAGACUGAUACAGCCUCAGUGCUCUCAGAAGCGAUUGAAUACAUUAAAUUCCUCCAUGAUCAAAUCAGUGUGCUGAGCACUCCAUACAUGAAAAGUAGUGGAGCUCCCAUAAUUAUUCACCCUCACCACCAACAACAGGAGAAGAAGCCAAAGGACAAAGCUGCAGAAGGACAGAAUAAGGAUCUGAGGAGCCGAGGGCUGUGCCUGGUGCCGGUUUCCAGCACUUUUCCGGUCACCCACGAGACCACCGUCGAUUUUUGGACGCCGACAUUUGGAGGAACAUUCCGAUGAUUAAUUCAUCAUGUCAUCAUAGUUCUUUUUCUUUUUUUACUAAUUACAUAUAUACACACAGACGAUUUCCGGCAAGAUUCCGACGACGAACGCGACGAACCCAUAUAGCUUAGCUGAGAAAUAAUGAAUGGUGGAUGGAGGGAGAUGGGAAGAAGAAUUUAGAGAAAGUGGGGGAAUUAGAUAAUUACAAACAGAAGAUGGCAAAAAAAAAAAAAACUCACUCACGUCGACGUACUAGAGAGCCCACACAUCAGUACUCAAGUUUCUCACUUUUUUGUUGUUGUUGUUGGGAAUGAAAUCAUCAUCAAGAUUGGGAAAGACAACGACUGUUCAUGUGGCCGACUAGAUGCCUUCAGAAGACGAACAAAGGAGGAGUAUUCUGUAUUCAUCAUCAAGCUGCUUGCUCCAUCGCUAGCAAGAAUUGGUUCUUAUUGGCCGAGAAUUUGUUUUGUUUGGGGCCAUUUUUAUGACUACUACUUUAGCCUCUGCUGCAGUGUAACAAUAUUAUUCAUGACUAGCUAGGAAUCAGAAUAUAUGUAUAGCUAGUGAUGAUUGGUUGUAUUUGCUUCUGAUCUUGUUAAUUGCCUAGGUUUUUAUGGUUAAUCGAGAAAGAUAUGAUAAGUUAAAUGGGUAGAUAUUGUUGGAAAUGUAUAUAUGAAUAGCUUUGAAAGAUAUAGAGUCUCAAGUGGAAGAACUACCACAUUGGUAGUUCUACUCGGUGAAAUGUGUAUAAAGAUAGGAGCCUCUCUCCUAAGGGCAUGCCCCUUCGGGUGAUCCACUUUUGUGGGAGAGGGAGGACCUAACGGACCACCACACACGCGCACGCCGUCCGGUUGGCUGGCUUGCUUGCUUGCUUGCAACUAUAUAUAUAUUUUUUGGCGAAAUUCCGAACGUAAUUAAUUAUUAAUCUGUUAUUCUGAGGAAUAUUCUAAGGAUAAUCGAUUAAUAAGGAAUAUUCGAAGGAUAAUCCCGCGGAAUUUAUCUUAACCGACGGUUUUAAUUAAGGAAGUACUUAUCUUCCUUAAUUAAUCCGACUUAUUCCCCAAUCAAGAGGGUAUAUUCCUAGGAGUUCGGCUCCUAUAAAUAACCGCCUCCCCAGCCCCUCUAAACACAUCACAACGAGUAUAAACACAAUAGAGAGGGAGUGUUCAGAGAGCUCCGAUUUUUGCACAAAACCGCGAGUAUUGAGAGGAGCUGUUUUAUCCUGGAGACGAGACGACCGGUUGAUAGUCUGCCGUGUGCAUCGAAGGCAGUGCCGCGAACGUCUUAAAGAGAGAGACCUAGUCCGCGACUCAGCUCCAGAUUCGGUAACCUCGUUCUUGUUGUUGUUCCGUUCCUAACAAAAACAGGUACAUGUCUGUAAUGCUCAUUCAAUUUUUGCGUAUGCAUGUAAUGUGUUGUCGUUGUUUUAUUAAAUCGACAACAAUGUGAAUUUGUGAUUACUAACGAAAUAACGAUCCGCGUAUAAGAUACUACGACGUCUGAUAUAUUUGCCGGUUUCUUUGUUGAGUUGGUUGGAUAACUACUUUAUCUUUCUACCUUGUUUCUUUUCUUCUUUGUAUUUGAGGCUUUGGCUAUUCAUCCAUUGUUUCUUUUAUUUAGUGUGCUAGCUAGUGUAACGUAAUGUUGGUGACCUAAUGAAUUUGUUGGAGAUAGAGGCCAUGGCCAUGGAGCAGAGAAGCUUUUUGUUGAAGGAGAGGGAAAGGUUAACUAGAUGAAGAGGGAAAUAAGGAAAAGGAGAGGAAUGAAAGGGAAUAAUUGAAUUCCAGAAUAAGUGAAGGGGGAAAGGAUUGUCUAUUUGAUUGGAAAAGUCUCACUUUUGAUUGUUUAUGAGUUUGGAAUAUUGGUAGUGGAAAUCAGAGGGUACCCCACAAUUUCAUUAAUUUUGUUUUUUGUUUUUUUGCAUGAGGAUUAUUAUUAAAUUGCAUAAUUCUAC